AGAGACUUGGUGAAAUACUCAAGAAAGAGCGAGAAGCUUACGAGCAAGUUAUCAAACAAACAAACUAUCCCGUUUCAAAUAACCUCGGAGGAGAAUUGAAACUAAUUUCUGAGCUGCGACGCUCUCUGGAAGAAGGCAUUAUUCAGAAUAACAAACUAAGAGCCCAGCUACAGGAGAAAAUUGCUCGAACUUCUGAACACGAAAAACCUGACAAUUCGCAACAAGCAGAUGAGGUUCAGAGACUACACGCGAAACUUGAAGAUAGCGAACGAUGGAAUAUGUCUUUACAGAGUCGCUUAGAUGCCUUACAGCCUCGAGCCAGAGGAGUUGGGGGUUCAAGUGGAAAUCUCAGUGUGUUGGGUACUACUCCAUGUCCACAAUCUGGAAAUGCUGAAACAAAUGACAAAGUAAGAACAAUGUGGUUAGCACUAUUUUCCAUCCAGCAAACUGCCCUAUCGAUUUUCUAAAGUCGUUUCUUUUUGGAUUUUUUUAUUAAUUCGGUUAGGGUUAGGGUUAGGGUUAGAGUUAGGGUUGCGGUUAGGGUUAGGGGUUAGAGUAGGGUAGGGUUUGGCUUAGUUACAUACACUGUAGCCAUUUAACACCUCUUCCAUCUUUCGAAAAUGAUGUCAAUUCAGUUUGCUGGAUGGAAAAUAGUGCUAACCGAACAAAUGUUUGAUGCUUCCAUCAGCUUCCUGAUUAAUUUUUAUAAUUUUGUAUUUGUAAAUUCUGAACGCUGAUUGGCUAAGAGCCGAGUUGACAUAACUCGGUGUCAACACGGAAAAUUUCCUGCCACUCUUUAAAUUCAAAAGCGUAUUCCCGAAUUUUGUGCUAUAUUAUUAAAAAUAUAUAAAACAUUUUUCCGUAUUGAUAUACAGUUACCACUCGUGGAAAUUGGGAAAACUCGAAAUUGUGGAAGACACUUCAGCCUCCGGGCGUUGUGUUUCCACACAAUUCCCCUUUAUCCCAAUUUCCUAUAUAACUGUAUGUCAACACGGAAAAUGUUUUAUAUUUGUUAAAUAUAAUAUUGAUUAGAUCGCCUUUGGGUGAUGUUGUUCUUGUUGCCGUUGCUGCUGUUGUUCUUAUUCUUGUUGUUAUGAUUGCCGUUGUGUUGUUGAUGAUGUUGUUGCUGUUACUGUUGUUUUUAUGUUAUUAUUAUUGUUAUUGUUGCGCUGUUAUUGUUGUCAUCAUUGAUCCGGUUUCUGUUGUUGAACUUGGACGUAGUUGUUGACGUUAUAUUUGUUCUUGUUGUUGUUUUUACUGUUGUUGUUGUUGUUGUUGUUGUUGUUGUUGUUGUUGUUGUUGUUGUUGUUGCUAUCUGUUGUUGUUGUUGCUAUCUGUUGUUGUUGUUGUUGUUGUUGUUGUUGUUGUUGUUGUUGUUGUUGUUGUUGUUGCUGCUGCUGCUUUAUUGUUUCUGCUGCUUUGCUGUUAUGUUUCCUAUUCCGUUACCAUAUCUACUCAUGCUGAUAUUUUUUCCCUUUUCUCAGCAAAUGGAAGAAAUGAAAACUCGAGUGAAUGAAUGUGAGAAAUUAAACACCAAACUGCAUGAACAAUUAGAGAAAGCAGCGAAGGCUAGAUCUGAAGAGAGAAAUGGACUCAGCCAGUUGAACGAACAACAUAAACAGGAGAUAAAUUUACUGCGUGAAGAACUGAAAAAAGUGAACGACGUUCGUGAUGAAUUAAGAGACGCAACGAAGAAAGCAGAAGCCGAGUUAAUCUCGUAUAAGAAAGAGCAUGAUAUUGAAUUCAAUACUUUGAAAAAUGCGCUUGAGGAUAGUCAAAAGAUCAAUGAAUCUCAUAGGGAACGGUUAAAGGAAAGAAAAGAACACAAAGAAAGCCAGGAAUCUUUGGGCGAUAGAACUAGUUCACCUAUCAGUGGUGUUAAUGUUAGUCAACUGCAAAAUGAACUGGCUGAGAAGACGCGCAUAAUAGAGUAUUUAAAUAAGAAAUUGCAAAAAUAUGAUGAAGUUAAGGCAAACCAAACAUCGUUUACUUUUCUUGAGGAUACUGAAGGUUCUGGCGAAGAGAGAUCACCAAAGACUGUUCAGAUCCGUCAAUUACAAAACGAUUUGGAAGAAAAGCAAAAACUAAUUGACGCUUUAACUGAAGAAUUGAAUAGGAAUAAUAAAAGCAAUCUGGAAUCAUCUGGUUUGGCAGAUGCUAGUAAUGUUAAUACUAUUUUGUCAAAUACUCCAAGAACUAGCAAAGACGAUAGACAAGGGCAAACUUCAUUUGAUAAAGGGAGUUAUACUGCGAGGCCUAGUGAUGUUAUUGAUGACGCCAGCCCAGAUGACCGAAGAUCUAGCCGACUCCAAAAAGAACUGGAAGACGUUUACAAGAAAAACGACGAAUUACGAAAAGCCGUUUCGGAAAAUAUAACUCUAGUUGACUUAAAUAGACAAUUGAAACAGGAUUUAACCGCAUCAGAACAAAGAAGGGGCGUACUUGAGAAGGAAUUGCAAAACUAUGCGAAGAAAAUUAAAGAUACGAACUCAGAAGUUUCUCGUUUGGUAGAUGAGCUUGCUAGAACUCGUACCCUAAACUCGGAUUAUGUGUCUCAGUUAAAAGCUCUACGACGACAACAGGAGCAGGCGACAAAGUUUCGCGAGGAGGCGGUUAAUGCGAGAAGCAUGAAUGAAAAAUUGAGUGCUGAAGUGCAAAGACUGUUUGCGUCCGUUGAGAGUGCUGGGAAAGAAAAUGAGAGGUAG